AUAACAAUAUAUAUUAUAUAUAGAUCAGUGGUCACUAAUUUAUUAUGCUGCACUACAAUCUGCACUUUGCGUAAUAUAAAAUCAAUAAUUAUUCAUAUAAUUUCAGAAGUUUCGUAUUCCCUCCACAAAUAGAUUAUAUCAUCUUGAAAGCUAAUUUAAAAAUUAUAAAAAAAACGAAAACCAAUUACGUUUUCACAGUUAUGAAUUCAAAGCAGGAUUUAGUAAUCCAUUACACACUCGUACUCUGUAGGUGUCCCCUGCAAUAAUUUAAAAUUAAGUUACAUUAUUUUAUAACCAUGAUUUCGUACCUGGCCAAUUUGCUAUUUGACAACAUUAUUUUGAGUUUGAUUAUUGUUUGUACGUUUCUUUAUUAUUAUACGACGUCAACGUAUGAUACAUGGAAGAAAUUAAAUGUGCCGUACGCAAAACCGGUGCCUUUUUUUGGGAAUAUAUUCAAAAUGUUCACAGGAUUAGAGCAUCAAGUGGACGCGUUUGGACGAAUUUAUCAACAAUUUCCCAAUGAUAAAUUUUGUGGGUUUUAUCAAAUGAGUACACCGUUUUUGAUGGUUCGCGAUCCAGAGUUGAUCAAUUCGAUGAUUAUCAAAGACUUCUCGUACUUUACCGACCACGGUAUUGACAUGAAUCCUUCCGUAAAUGUAAUGGCGAGAAGCUUGUUUUUUGCGACCGGACAAAAAUGGAAAAUAAUGAGACAAAAAUUAAGUCCGGGAUUCACGUCUGGUAAGCUCAAAGGUACGCACGAACAGAUCCAAGAGUGUAGCGACCAGUUGACAAACUGUAUUAAUGAGAAAUCCACAGAAACCGACGGAAUUGAAGUAUAUGAACUCGUUGGAAAUUUAGCCACUGAUGUAAUUGGAACGUGUGCAUUUGGUAUGAAAUUAGAUACAAUUAAUAACGAUAAUUCAAGCUUUAGACAAAAUGUAAAGAAAGUGUUCAAACCCAGUGGUAAAGUAAUUUUCCUUCAAAUACUUGGAGUGCUAUUUCCAAAAAUUGUUAAGUUCUUAAAACUUCAAACUUCUCCGGUGGACGUAGAUGCCAUUAAUUUUUUCCAUUCCGUGUUUGGUGAAGUCAUCGAUUAUAGGACCAAAAAUGAUGUUGUUAGGAACGAUCUGACACAAACUUUAAUGAAAGCAAGACAGGAUUUAGUAAUAAGCAGUGAUUAUAAAGGAGAAGAAAAGUAUUGUGAAUUAGAUAUAAUUGCAAAUGCAAUGUUGUUGUUUACGGCUGGUUCUGAAACUGUAACUGCCACAGCAUCUUUUUGUUUUUACGAGUUGGCAUUGAACAAAGAUAUCCAAGACAGAUUACGUGCCGAGAUAAUUUCGUCGAAAAUAAAAUAUGGUGGACAACUUAACAAUGAAUUUUUGGAAGAUCUUCAUUACGCUGAUAUGGUUUUAGAUGAAACUCAUCGUAAAUACACCAUAAUUACGGCCUUAUUGAGAGGAGCUACACAAGAUUAUAACGUACCUGGGGAGUCAUUAAUAAUUGAAAAAGGACAAAAAAUUUUAAUACCAAUAUAUAGUAUACAUCAUGAUCCAAAGUAUUAUCCAAAUCCCGAUACUUUCGAUCCGGAAAGAUUUACUGCAGAAGAAAAAUCUAAACGACCGAACGGAACAUUUUUACCAUUUGGUGAUGGACCUCGUCAUUGUAUAGGAAAACGUUUCGCUGAAUUGGAGUUGAAAAUAAUUCUAUCAAAAAUAUUAUCAAAAUUUAAAAUUUCACCUUGUGAAAAAACGGAAAUACCGCUACAAAUGAAAAAAGAACGUGGGAUAACUUCACCGAAAAAUGGAAUUUGGUUAAGUUUUAGGCCGAUUGUGGAUUAAUAUACAUAUUUAAUACAAAUGAUUGCGUAUUUGAGAAAUUGUUUUUUCGAUCCUAUUAUUUUAUGUCUUAUUAUUAUUUGUACAUUUCUUUACUAUUAUUCAACAUCAACUUACGAUAAAUGGAAAAAAUUAAAUGUUCUCCAUAUAGAACCGGUCCCUUUGUUCGGGAAUAUAUUCAAAAUGACAAUUGGAUUAGAACGGCAAAUAAGUUCGUUCGGUCGAAUUUAUCAUCGAUUUCCUGGAGCGAAAAUUUGUGGGUUUUAUCAAAUGAGAACUCCGUUUUUGAUGAUUCGCGAUCCAGAAUUGAUCAAUACGAUUAUGAUCAAAGAUUUCUCGCAUUUCACUGACCACGGUUUUGACAAUGACGAGUCAGUUAACAUAAUGGCGAGAAGCUUGUUUUUUUCGAACGGACAAAAAUGGAAAAUAAUGAGACAAAAACUAAGUCAGGGAUUCACAUCGGGUAACCUCAAAGGAACACACCAACAAAUCCGAGAGUGUACUGAUCAACUGUUGAAUUGUAUUAACGAAAAAUCUGACCAGAAAACUGAAGGCAUAGAAGUGAGCCAAAUCGUCAAAAAUUUAACCAUUGACGUCAUUGGAACGUGUGCUUUUGGUAUGAAAUUGGACAUCAUUAACAGUGAAAAUAAUUUCAACUUCAAAAAAUAUGUAAAUAGAAUACUAAAACCCAAUGGUAAAAUAAUUUUCUUUCAAAAUAUACUCGGAAUGCUGUUUCCGAAAAUUAUGAAGUUGUUAAAAAUACAAACAGUUGACGUUGAUGCUACUAAUUUUUUUUAUUCGGUGUUUAGAGAAGUCAUUGAUUACAGGACUGAACAUAAUGUGGAUAGAAACGACAUCACACAAACCUUAAUGAAAGCUAGAAAUGAUUUUGUAUUAAAAAACGAGUCGACAGGCGGUGUAAACUAUUGUGAAUUGGAUAUCAUUUCGAACGCAAUGUUUUUGUUUGCUGCUGGUACAGAAACUGUAGCUGCCAUAGCAUCUUUUUGUUUUUACGAGUUGGCAUUGAACAAAGAUAUCCAAGACAGAUUACGUGCCGAGAUAAUUUCGUCGAAAAUAAAAUAUGGUGGACAGUUCAACAAUGAAUUUUUGGAGGAUCUUCACUAUGCCGAAAUUGUUAUAAAUGAGACUCUUCGUAAAUACACUAUAGUUACGACCUUAGUAAGAAUAGCUACUCAGAAUUACAACGUACCCAGUGAAUCAUUAAUAAUUGAAAAGGGACAAAAAAUUUUAAUACCAAUAUAUAAUAUACAUCAUGAUCCAAAGUAUUAUCCACAUCCCGAUAUUUUUGAUCCGGAAAGAUUUACUGUUGAAGAAAAAUCUAAACGACCUAAUGGUACCUUUUUGCCAUUUGGCGAUGGACCUCGCCAUUGCAUAGGAAAACGUUUUGCUGAAUUAGAAUUGAAAUUGAUUAUAUCAAAAAUGUUAUCCAAGUUUGAAAUUUUACCUUGUGAAAAAACUGAAAUUCCUCUUAAAUUUAAAACAGAACGUGGAAUUAUCGCGCCAAAAAACGGCAUUUGGUUAAGUUUUAAAGCGAUUGAGAAUUAAUUAAAAAGUUAAAAAAUUAAAUUUUUGAUUCAUAAUAGAGUCCCCUAAAAAAUAAAAAAAUAUAUACUGACCUAAAUCGUUGUUUAUAUAAAAUAGUAAGUGAAUAUAAUAUAAGAUAUUACAUUGAUUAUUUAAGGAGAAUCGCAUAUACCUAAUAUUUUUUUUAAAUAAUAUACCAUGUAACCAUGUGUUAUACAACAUAUUUAUAAAACUUAAUUGUUGUAUACUUUAAUAAUAAUAUGAUAUUAAUAUAAUAUUAUUUAUUUUGUAUUUUUAAAAUUGUAUUAUUCUAAAAAUUGUUUAUUAAUUACCUGCGGCGUGCCGGCGCCAAGAUACCCUACGCCGAAAGUCGAAACUGCCACGCCGAAUUAUCCUCGUGCCGAAAUGUCUGAUUCCAUUCAUAAUAAUAGUAAUAAUAACUAAUAAGUGAUUCUUAAAUGUAAUACUUUUGAUUUAGGACAUUUAGGUAUAUUUUAAGCACCUAUAAUGCGAUAAGAAGUUUUGCUUUAACACAAAAAAGUAUAAUAAUACAACAUUUAAA